AGCAAAGGAAGAAGAGUCGGCGCCCAUUGUCCCCGCCGACCAUUCAUAACGUCGUUUUCAACCCACUCUUGUUCUCUUCUCUAAUCAUCUCAUCUCAUUCUCUAAAACCCUAUUCACUCAAAUCAAUCUUCUAUAACAAGAUUUGAUUCUUGGCUUCUUCCGAGUCAUACUUUUUUUUCUCAACAAUUUGGAAGAAGAUUGAUUCUUAGCUUCUAACUUAGAUUUUUCUUUCUUUUCAUUCUGGAAUUUGCAGUUUCUUUCUGUCUUUUCCUUCUUUGGAAAAAACAAAACCUCUUCUUUUGUUGUUGUUGUUUUGUUUCUUAGUUUUACCGACGAUAACUAUGAAAGCCGCAGUUGAAGGAUCAUCCAUGGGUAAGAAGCGCCGAUCCAAUCGUCGAACCAAGCAAAACCCAUCUUCAUUCUCAGCAUCUGAAGUAAAAGAGACUCCUGGGGGUUCUUCAGAAUGUUUGGGAAAAAAUGACACACCGGUUCCUUCGACUGCGUCCUUGAGCAAUCCACUGAAGCAGCAGGGGACUAAUGUUUAUUCCACUAAUGAGCAAGUUUUGCCGCAAGCAUCGAAUUUCGUGUUCGGUUCAGUGCCCCCCAUGCUUAUCAAUGAGCAUGUGCAACCUGUUUUGCAGAACAUCCAAAUGCCUGGUGGAGGAAUUGAUUCAAUAUCACUUUCUGAUCCCAUUGGUUGCAGAGGGUCAUCAGGAAGGAAUAGCAAAACCAAAUACCCAUUAGGAAAAUAUUUUAGUCCUCACUGGUCUCAAGAGGCAGUUGAGAAGGCAUUAGAGAGGGGUGAUGUUUUAAAAGCUCGCUUUCAUGUCAAUGUUCACAAUACACUUGAGGCCUACUGCAAAAUUGAUGGAGUGCCAACAGAUGUUCUCAUUAAUGGGUUUUUGGCCCAGAAUAGAGCUGUGGAAGGUGAUAUUGUUGCUGUUAAGAUUGAUCCUUUGCCAUUGUGGACAAAAAUGAAAGGACCUAUUGUGAAUGGCAACAAUAUGGCAACACUUGAAAGUUGUAAUCUUGUAGAAGAUGAUGGAGCUGGCGUUAACAAUUGUAAAGGAAUAGGUAAGGUAGAUGCUGAUUAUGAAUCUGCCCAUUCCCGAAGUCCUGGUAAAAACAAGGAGGAUUCUGAUGAUCACAGCUCUACCCCAGACAAAAGUUCUCCAUUUCCUGAAACAAGAUGCAUUUAUGAGGAUAAUACCUCCCAGGGUUCAGCUAACCAUAUAAAUCCACUUGGUCUUGCCAGCCAUGAUGGCAGUGAUGGAACUCACUGUGCUGCUUCUUAUUCCUUAGAGAUGAAUUCUUGUAAUGGACAGGGUAAAGUUAUUAAUGCAGUGGAGAAGAUGUGUUUGUUGGUUAAAUCUUUUCCUUCUAAAAGACCAACUGGCAGGGUUGUUGCUAUUGUUGAAAGGUCUCCACGUCGAGAGGGUAUUGUUGGUCAUCUUAAUGAUAUAUAUUGCCUUUGUUGCAAAACAUAUUCAAGGGAGAUUACGAAAUUGUGUGAGCCUGAAUACUUCCAGCUGACACCAAUUGAUCCAAAGUUUCCUUCUGUGAUAAUUCUUAUGAGAGAUUUACCAGAGUGCCUUAAGAAAAGGUGGGAAUGUGCCGAUAUGACUAUGGAAAGGGAUCUUAUAGCUGUACAAAUUGAUGAUUGGAUUGAAGAACGUCCUUUUCCAGAGGGUCACGUCUUGCAUAUUUUUGGGCGAGGUGGUGAAGUUCAGCCCCAAUUAGAUGCAAUUUUGUUUCAGAAUGCAAUCUGUUUAUCUGAAUUUUCUCCUGAAGCUCUAUCCUGCCUGCCAUGUGUUCCUUGGGAGUUGCCUCCAAAGGAAAUCAAAAGUAGAAAAGAUCUUAGAAAUUUGUGUGUAUUUACUAUUGAUCCUUCAACUGCUACUGAUCUGGAUGAUGCACUAUCAAUUGAGAAGUUACCUAGUGGAAAUUAUAGAGUAGGUGUUCACAUUGCCGAUGUAUCAUACUUUGUUCUACCGCACACGGCUUUAGAUAGGGAGGCUCAGAGUAGGUCAACAAGUGUUUAUAUGUCUCAAAGAAAGUUACCUAUGUUGCCAGCAUUAUUUUCAGAGAAUAUUGGUUCACUUAAUCCUGGAGUGGAUCGACUUACAGUUUCCAUUCUCCUGGAUAUUACUGAUGCUGGGGAUGUUGUAGACCGCUGGGUAGGCCGUGCUGUUAUUCAAUCUUGUUGUAAACUCUCGUAUGAACAUGCUCAGUUCAUCAUUGAUUGUCAAAUUUCUGACUUCUAUGGAGAAGACUUUCCUAAAGUGCAUGGCCGUUUUGAAUGGCCUGAUGUUAUUUCAUCUUUGAAGAGUCUUUAUGCAAUUUCAGAUGUCUUGAAACACAAGAGGUUUACUGAUGGGGCUCUGCGACUUGAUAACCCAAAAGUUGCAAUCCUGUUUGAUGAAAAUGGAAUACCUUGUGAUAUUACGUUUUCUGAACGGAAAGAGUCAAAUUUACUCGUGGAGGAAUAUAUGCUUUUAGCCAAUAGAACAGCAGCUGAAGUCAUAUGUAGAGCUUAUCCCGACAUUGCAUUAUUGCGGAGACAUCCUGAGCCUAAUAUGCGGAAACUGAGAGAGUUAAUGGCAUUUUGUGAGAAGCAUGGUUUAGAAUUGAACACAUCUUCAUCUGGUCAGUUCCACCGGUCAUUAGAGAAGGCAAAGGAAAAGCUCAAGGACGACCCUGUUCUUUAUGAUAUACUUAUUUCAUAUGCUACAAAGCCAAUGUUGUUGGCAUCCUACUUCUGUAGUGGAGAUUUAAAGGACAAUGAACAUGAAUGGGGUCAUUAUGCAUUGGCUGUUCCUCUUUACACCCAUUUCACAUCACCUCUGCGGCGGUAUCCGGAUAUUAUUGUUCAUCGGACACUACUUGCUGCUAUAGAGGCUGAGGAAUUAUAUAUGAAGCAUCAGAAGGUUAUGAAGGUUAACAAGGAAGUGAGAAUGCAAAAGAAAUGUUUCACAGGUAUCAACUUUGAAAAAAAUGCAGCAGAAUCCAUGGAAGGUAGGGAAGCACUAGCAGCUGUAUCUAUGAAGCAUGGAGUUCCGUGUUCAGAAGUACUUGCAGAUAUUGCUGCUUAUUGCAAUGAGAGAAAGCUAGCUAGUAGAAAUGUUAAGGAUGCAUGUGACAAACUUUACAUAUGGUUUCUCCUAAAGAACAAAGGGGCCUUAAUCUCAGAAGCAAGAGUAAUGGGACUAGGCCCAAGGUUCAUGUCAAUUUAUAUCCAAAAACUAGCUAUUGAGCGACGCAUAAAUUACGCUGAAGUUGAAGGUUUGAAAGUGGAGUGGCUAGAAGCAACAUCCACUUUGGUGCUUAGCAUGAAUCCUAAGCACGCAUUUAGGAAGGGUAGCCUGAACAUGUUGAGGGCAUUUGAAGAAGUUGCAUUGGUCACUUCUCCAUAUCUAAGUGAUGACAGUGUAUCUUCCAUAUCCAGAUCAGACACCUCAGAGAGUGAAAUUGAGCCUGCUGUUUUUCCACUCACAGUGCGUGUUCUUUCAACAAUUCCGGUGGUUCUUCUUCCUGUUGGUGGAGAUUAUGGGCCCGUUGAUAUUAGAGUGAGGCUGUAUAUGAGCUCCUAUUUUGGGUUUUGAAGUGACGCCAAGUCGCCAACAACAAUUUGAUGUGAUGAAUGUUCAGAGUUUCUUUUUAAUGGAGUGGAUAUCAGCAUUAUAGUUAGUGUAUAGUUUGACAGACAUAGGUGGGAAACAUAAAGCGGUCUACAUUUGCUAAUACUCUAAGAACAUGUCUAAAACUGAAAUUUUGGAGUAGUUGUGUAGUUAACAGGUUGGGGUUCUGUUAUUGCUGCGGCGUUGGUGCCUAUUUCUAACAGAAGCUUCAUACUGGAAUUGGCUCUUGUUUUUGUUGGCCGGUUCCAUCUACUUUAGUAGGUGAACGUAUUUGGUUCUCUGAUAGAUGCUGAGGCCAGUUCAUACUUUCUUUUUGACUGCAACCCAAGGAUUUUUUUGAUUUUGGGUGGUCACUCUUGUACCGAAGAUUUGGUUUUCAAGACAUUAUUUUAGCUUCUGGAAUGGAAUAGUCUAUUAUGUUUUGGAUA